AUGAUCAACCGCCUCGAGGCUGCCGUCAACGGCGGCAAGCCGUUCAGCUCCGUCAGCGUCUGGAUCGACCGCCUCAGCGCAAACUCGUAUGCCGAGGACGACUACGAGGGCGUCCCGGAGCUCGUCGAGGCCAUCAACAUCCAGUCGACGGGCCCCGCCGAGGCGUCGCGUGCGCUGCGCAAGAAGCUCAAGUACGGCAGCGUGCACGGCCAGAAGCGCGCGCUGACGAUGCUGCGCGCGACGGUGGAGAACUGCGGCCCGCGAUACCAGACGUCCUUCCUCGACCCGCAGCUUGCCGACCGCAUCAAGCUCAUGUCGCAGGACCCGCUCGUCGAUGCCUCGGUGCGGCGCAAGCUCAUGCGGCUGCUCGCCUCGUGGCAGAACCAGUACAGCUCCGAGCCGACGAUGCGGCACGUCGCCGGCCUGUACGCGGCGUGCGGCGGCGGACGCAAGUCGGACGCGCAGGCCAAGAGCGAGGCCGCCGAGGCGUACCGCAAGCGCAAGGAGGAGGAGGAGCGCGAGCGCCAGGUGCGCUCCGACCGCAAGGCCGCCGAGCGCCUGCAGAAGGAGGAGGAUGCGAAGCGCGCCAAGAACAAGGGCGCGCCGCGGCAGAAGUUCGACUUUCAGAAGGAAAAGCCGAUGAUCCUCUCGAGCCUGGCCACGAGCCAGCAGGCCGCGACGUCGCUCGUGAAUGCGCUGCAGCACGUGAACCGCGAGAAGGAGUCGGUGGCGGACAACGAGCGCGUGCAGCGCUACCUGGCCCAGGUCAAGACGGAGCGCAAGAAGAUUGUGCGCUACGUGCAGCUUGUGCGCGACGAGGAGUUCCUUGGCGGCCUCAUCUCGGCCAACGACCAGAUCAUCCUGUCGCUGCAGCUGUACGACAAGCUGCUCAAGCCGGCCGACGCAGACAGCGACGAAGAGGCGCCGCUGGCGCUCAUUGAUGAUACGCGCAGCGCGGCGCAAAAGCAGCGCGACCGUGCCGAGGCCGAAGAUGCGGAGAUCGAGAUGGUGCGCAAGCGCAUCGCCGCUGCGCGCAUGAACGCGCCCGACGGCGAGCUCGACUUGCUGCAGGACCGGCAGCGCGCACGCAUCGAGCGCCACAACAGCUACGUCUCGAGCGUGCGCUCGGGCGCCGAGGGCGGCGGUGCGAUGCGCGACCUGAUCGAUCUCGACUUUGACAACGCCGGGUGA